GGGAAUAUUACUCCCACCCACAGCCUGGUGGCCUGUCAGGAACAGGAACCCCCAACCCCUUCUCCUCCCAGCCUUACCUCAACUCCGCAGGAGCAGAAACAACCGAAGCUCUUCCCCUCCGCCCAACCUCAAGUCAAACAAGCCUAAGCAUGCGCGGGGCAUAUCCCUCCGGCUCCGACCGGUCGCCCUUUGCCGACCCGUCCGGAGACCUCGUACCGCAGUUUGACUCGCAGAUGCACUCACCGCUUGGGAGGGGUGCGGAAUCCGGGGCAAUGUACGGAGAGAGGUUUGGCGGUGCUGGGGGGAACGGGGGUGCAGGAGGAGGGUACAGGAACUACGACACGGGCAACAGCGAGUGGCUCGAGAAACAACAGGCUAGCAGCAAGAGGAACAAAAUGCUCAUCAUCGUUGGUAUUCUCGUCGUUGUCAUCGCAGUAGUGGCAGGCAUCGUCGCCGGUGUCGUGAUCUCGAAACACAACUCCUCGUCCUCUUCUUCUGGGACAAGCAGUGGAGGCUCUUCUUCUGGUGGCUCGAACACCGAAAGCUCGGGAGGUGGGACUGCGGGGCAAGGCGUGCUCAGGGGCUCAGCAGGUGUCGUACAGCUCACAGAUCCGAACGACGCAAGCACCUACAUCAAAGAUCCACGGCUGAAGAACUCCUUCUACGGGUUCGCCUACACCCCGAUGAACGUCCAGCUCCCAUGGUGCGGCGCCGUACAAGCGAAUGUCACGGAAGACGUGAUCCUCUUGAGCCAGCUCACGACACGGAUAAGGCUCUACGGUGCGGAUUGUAACCAAAGCGCGCUCGUGCUCGAGGGGAUCCAGCAGAGCAAGGUCAACUUGAGUGUUUAUUUGGCUAUCUAUGUUACCGAUAACACGACUAGCUAUGAGGAGCAGAAGCAGAAGGUGCUUGAUGCCAUCACCACAUACGGGGUCGACCAUGUCGAAGGUGUCGCCGUCGGAAAUGAGUUCAUCUUGAACAACCUGACCGAUCUCAACCUUUCCGACCCCAACUCCACAGCCGGUAUCUCCGCCGCAGACUACCUCAUCUCCCUCAUGGCCGACACACGGCAGUCUAUCCAAGCCCUCGGUCUGAGCAAGACGAUCCCCGUCGGCACUGCCGAUGCGGGGAGCAUGAUCACACCUCACCUACUUACCGGCGCGGACUUUGGGAUGGCUAACGUACACCCCUGGUUCGGGAACGUCGCGAUCGACCAAGCUGCUGGUUGGACCUACGACUUCUUCGAGGACUUUGACGUCGCACCCUCUCUGGCGACAACGAACAAGCCCCCAGUGUCGAUCGCCGAAACUGGAUGGCCGACCGCUUCCUCCAGCGUGGCAGACGAGACAGACGGCCCGAGCACAGCGAGCGUCGCCAACCUCCAAACGUUUAUGAACGAUUUCGUCUGCCCUAGUAACCAGAAUGGUACUCAGUACUUCUUCUUUGAGUACUUUGAUGAGCCUUGGAAGGAUGCCGAGUUUGGAGGCGUCGAGGGCUGGUGGGGCGUGUUCACGAGCAAUAAGCAGCUCAAGAAUCUGACGAUUCCCGACUGCACACAUUCGUAACCGACCAGACUGGGGUCUGUUCUGGCGGCCUGUGAGACCUGAGGCGGGUUGGAGUGACGUGUAUGAUACGUGCUGGACUCGGAUUUUAUCUCGGAUACUACAUUGGACUAUCUUUUUACAAAACUCUGCCACUUAUGCACACUCGCUUGUUCUAGCAAUAGUCGCCCGACUCACCUAUCCUAUCGUUUGCAU